CUGACCCUCUAAUGCACCCUCUCCACGUUGCCGCCACCACCGCCUUGGGCGCCGCCGCCAGUGUCUGUGCCACGCUGCUUCCCUUCCCACGCCUUGCUUCUCUUCAGGUGAAAGAGAAAAGCAAAGAAGUGGUGGAGAACAUGAUAGAAAGGCUAAACCUAAUGGUGAAGGCAAUCCUUACUCACGAUGACUCAGUGGCUAAUGGGUCCAUUUCUAAAGCUCGCCUAUUAUGUUCAUCAGCCUCCAAACUCCUCCAAUCCAUACAACAUCACCAAGAAAGCAAGCCAUGGGAAAGCCUUCCAUUCAAAAUCUUCAAGCUAGGAUGGUUAAGCAAUAGCGAAAGACUAGAAGAAUUAGAAAAGGCCUUAAAUGGAAUGGAAUUAGCUUUAUCCACAAUCCCUUCAUACCCAAUUGAAAAGCUCCAAAACCAAGCCCUUAAACAUGACCUAAAUGCUUUGGACAACCAAAUCUCCCUUGCAUUAAAGCAAGCCAACGCUUGUUCAUUGUCUGAUUCCUUGACUUUCCCCGUUGAUGACACACACAACACCCUCAAAUCCAUACAAAUUAUGCCCACAAAUCAACAAGAUUUACCCCAUCUUUUCUUCAUCUUUUGCAUGAAACUCCUCCAAACCAAAUCCCAAAUCCAAUGGAUAAUGCCAAAAAACAAAACAUGGGUUUCCUCAAUGAACACCCAAUGGCUAAUGCAAGCCCUCAAAUUUGCAAUUUCAUUGGGAAUUGCAGUGUUUUUGGGGCUAAUGUACUGCAAGGAAAAUGGGUUCUGGGCAAGCUUGGCAGUGGCUGUAAGCAUUACAUCAGAGAGAGAAGCAACAUUCAAAGUGGCCAACGUUAAAGUUCAUGGAACCAUGUUGGGAUCCGUAUAUGGAAUAUUGAGUUUUGUUAUCUUCAAAGAGUUUUUAUUAGGAAGGCUUCUUUGUCUUCUCCCUUGGUUCGUUUUCACCAGCUUUCUACAGCAUAAUAGAAUGUAUGGUUCCGCGGGUGGAGUCGCCGCCCUCGUCGGAGCUCUAGUCGUUUUAGGACGAACAAACUACGGUGCUCCGGGGGAAUUUGCUUUGGUUAGAACAAUUGAAACUUUUAUUGGGAUAUCCAUUUCAGUGGUGGUGGAUAUCAUUUUACAGCCAACAAGAGCUUCCAAAAUGGCUAAAAUCCAACUCAAUUUGAGUUUACAAUCGCUACAAAAGUGCAUUGAGUCAUUGAAUUUAAGAUCAGAUUUGGAAGAGAAUGAAAGAGCUUUAAGAAUUCAAGUUAAUGAGCUAAGGAAGUUGAUCGAGGAGGCUGAAGUAGAACCCAAUUUUUGGUUUUUGCCAUUUCAUAGCAAUAGCUACUCGAAGUUGUUGAAAUCCUUGUCAAAAACGGUGGAUUUUCUUGCGUUUAGUAUUGAUGCAAUGAAGAAUCUUAAAGAGGAGGUUGUUGAAGACUUAGAGGGUGAUAUUGAGAGGUUUAAGGAAAUGAUGAAGUUGUUAGUAUCAUGUUAUGUUGAUAUGAGUUCAUUGAAGUGUUUGAGAGUUGUUGAAAAUGAAGGGGAGAAGGUGGAGAAUUGUGAUGAUGUUGAGAUGGGUGAGGGAAACAGGAUUGAAAGAGAUGAAAUUGAGAAGGAGAAGUUGAUUCAUUGUUUGUUAAAGCAGUCGGUGGAGAUUGUUGAUGAGGUUGGUGAGGGUAAAGAUGAUAGAAGUGAUGUGAUUUUGAGUUUGAGUGCUGUGGCGUUUUGCCUCACCAGUUUGAUGAGGGAGAUUGAAGAGAUUGGUGAGGCACUUACGGAACUUGUUCAAUGGGAGAAUCCUUCUUCCACUCAUCUUCAUUUUCAUGCUAUUAUUGUAUCUCGGAUUCAUGUUCUAAAAAGUUAAACCAAAUUACUUACUGUCUACCGUUUGCCUCUCAUUCUUCUCUCCCAAUCAACGUGUUUAUUAAUCGUAAAACUCUUUCAUGA